UCUAUGAAAACGUCAGAUCAACGAUUCUGCGCCAAGCCAGGGGCGGUGAGCAUCUCAAAACGACGAUGCCCACAGACUCACCGACCACAUCCAUCACUGUUUCGCACCAGCUCAAAUCUUCAGCCACCCAGAGCUCCCAGUUUCAUAUUAAUAUGGAGGGUCAGAGCGCGGGAUGCUCCAAAGUCUUGCUGGCUUACAAAAACGCGUCACAGCACCUGAAUCCAUCGGGAUUCAAGGCAGGUCUGGGUAUACUCAAAGUGGCCACGACUCAGUGGAAACAAGAAAAGAAGACGCGCACAGGAGGUGCAGUAAGGCAGUUCUCGUCGGCCAGCAGUCAUCCUUGCAAGAGAUCUCCACUGGACCAUCUGGCAGCGUUAGUCCUGCACGGUCAAUCCCACCACUUUCACGUCAGCCAAGGGCACCAAAAAGACCCUAUUUGCCAAACCAAACCACAGAACUCAAAGCGCAUCGUGGUUCUCGGUGCGCCACGGGUUGGCAAGACCUCCAUACUAAGAAGAUACCUCCGGGACGGAUUUGUGGAAGAAUACAACCCAACAUCCGAGGAUUUCCUCAGGAAACUGUUUCGUAUACGGGGUGAAACGUACCAAAUAGAUAUCCUUGAUGCAUCCAGAGAGAGGGACUUCCCGGCCAAGCGGAGGCUGUCAAUCCUCACUGGGGACAUUUUUCUUCUUGUAUUCAGCCUCGAUGAUCGGAGCUCUUUUGAGGAGGUAUGCGCCCUGCGCGCGGAGAUCCUCGCUGCCAAAUCCAAGCUCACCAAAACAGAGCCCUGCGCGCAGCUCCGGGUUCCCCUGGUGGUGUGCGCCAACAAGGUGGACCUCAUGGACUCUAAGAGAGAGAUUUCAAACGCAGAGGUUCUCCAAGCGCUCGGCGACGACUGUGCCUACUUCGAAACGUCUGCAAAGGACAGCACUAACCUCGAAGAGGUGUUCGAAACUCUCGCUAAGCGAGGCGGUCUUCCGACUGAAACCGGUCCAUCCCAGCACCGCAAAGUCUCCCUCCGCUCGUACCAGGCUAUCAGGACGGGCCGUCAGGGGGCCAAUGGCCGGCAGGUGCGCGGGAGGGAUGACCCGUGUGGAACACUGUACCCACUGGCACGGAGACCGAGCUUUAGCACUGAUCUCCGACAAGUCACCGGACCCAAAACAACAAGAAAGCCUGGGAGAGGACUGGAGAAGUGUCACAUUCAGUGAAGGCCGUGUAACAAACAAAAACAAUGCGUAAAACAAUGCGUAAAACGCUGCCAUCCACACAAAUGUAUUGCAUAACCUUGUAAAUAAA